AAACACUUUAUUAAACGGAAAUUCUAAAUUAAACUUCCUACAUAUGAACCUUAAAAUCUAGUGUAAAAACACAGCGAAGACGUCUAUGAUAUUCCUCAUUAGUCACUGAAAUGUCAGCUAGUCAAAGCAACCCACACUAUAUAGCAGCUGCAAAAGCUAAUAUACCAAAUCCAAACGAUAUAACUGACGUAAUCAUUAAGUUUGAAACAAAUGGAGAACCUAACCUCAAGGCUUACGAUGCACAACCCCAAAACCCUUCAGUUCAUGACACAACGAUAGGUUAUGGGUUCAACUUGAACAGAUCUGAUGCAAAAGCAACGUUCCAAAAACUUGUCCCAGAGGUUGAUUUUGACAAGGUUAAGACGGGACAACAAAACAUAACAAAGGAACAAGCUCGUAAGCUAUUUAAUCAUGACAUAACCGAGCACGUGAAUAGAGCCAAAACGAGACUUGGAGACAGCGUAUAUGAUUCCUUACCAGCAAAUGUCAAGUCUGCAGUCAUAAGUGCAAUAUACAGAGGCGAUCUUGGUCCAAAGACGGCGAAUCUGAUGAAAGCAGGAAAAUGGAAAGAUGUCGGUGUAGAAUAUUUGAAUCAUCAGCAAUAUAAGAAUGCACAAGAACUCGGCAUAAUUGGAGUUAGAACAAGAAUGAACUGGAAUGCUGAACAAUUCAAUACUAUGAUUAAAGAAUGAAUGAGAGUACAGAACGAGCGUUAUCUGUUACAUUUAUAACUAAAAAGAAAUCGAACCAUUUGAUCUAAGAAAUAAAUAAUAAAUAAACUUGUAUAUAUUCCUUUUAUUAUGGGUAGCAAAAAUAUAAAUAAAAUAUUUAUAGAUUUA